CAGUGCUGCGCAGAGCCGCGGCUGCGGCCGGGCACCACCCUCCUCGCUGGCGGGGGCGGCGGCGCGGACGACGGCGCGGACGACGUCUGCCGUGGCGCAGCGCAGGCGCGGCGCGGCCCUGAGCUCGGCUGGCGGCCGCGGCCAUGAGCCGCAAGGGCUCGGUGCAGCAGAAGGUGCCGUGUCUGUUCGUGACCGAGGUGAAGGAGGAGCCUUCGGCCAAGCGGGAGCGCCAGCCAUUUAAAGUUUUGGCAACUGAAACUAUAAAUCAAAAGGCAAUAGAUGCGGAUAUAUACAGUGCAAUUCCUACUGAAAAGGUGGAUGGAACCUGCUGUUAUGUAACUACUUAUAAAGGGCAGCCGUACCUGUGGGCCAGGUUGGAUAGAAAACCCAACAAACAAGCUGAAAAAAGGUUUAAACGAUUCUUGUAUUCACUGGAAGAUUGCAAAGAAUUUAUUUGGAAUAUUGAAGAGGAUUUCAAGCCUGUUCCAGAUUGCUGGAUUCCAGCAAAGGAAAUACAGUUCUCUAAUGGGCAUCCUUUGCCUGAUGAAAAUGGACAUAUGCCAGGUUGGGUGCCUGUGGAGAAAAACAGUAAACAGUACUGCUGGCACUCAUCUGUUAUAAAUUACGAUGCUGAAAUAGCGCUGGUAUUGAAGCACCAUGCUGACCCUGGACUUCUAGAAAUCAGUCCGGUGCCGUUAUCAGACCUUUUAGAACAAACACUGGAGCUUAUUGGAACUAAUAUUAAUGCAAAUCCGUAUGGAUUAGGAAGCAAGAAACAGCCUGUACAUCUUCUUGUACCACAUGGAGCAUUUGAAAUAAAGAAUCCACCUGCUUUGAAAAAAAAUGAUAUAUUGUCCUGGUUUGAAGGCUGCAGUGAGGGUAAAGUUGAAGGAAUUGUGUGGCACUGCAACGACGGGUGUUUAAUCAAGCUCCAUCGCCAUCAUCUUGGUUUACGCUGGCCAAUUACAGAGACAUACCUGAAUUCUCAGCCUGUUGUCAUUUCUUUUAAUAGAACUAAAUAUGACUGUGACUUUGAACCAAAGAGUGUGUUUCACCAUUUUUCAAAGCUAGAUGGUCAAAGAUUUGAUGGACUCAAAGAUAUCAAGUUUGAUACUUGAAGUAUUUUUCUGUCUUUUAAGUUCACUGCCAUGUGUGCUGCAUUCCUCUUAUUUUUUAUCACAGAGAACUCUUAAAGCAUCUUGUCGCUUAGGUAACAAGCUAGCUAAACUACAAUUAAAAUUAGUCAUUUAUGCAAAACUUUUUCUCACAAAAAGAAAUGUGACAUUCACAGCAGACAGAUCUAGCUUUCAGCAUGCUUAAUAUUCAGUUCUGAAAAAUCCUUAGCUUUUGAACCUAUUUCUUGAAAGUGUUAUGGUUAAGUGUAAGAAGUAUGUUCUCUAACACUGGCUGGUCCUACUAGCUUAUUUAAUGAAUGCAAUCAACUGUAAAAGUUUCGCAGGUUGCACUUCUUUAAAUAUAGUUAGAACACUGUUACAUUUAGAAUUCAGAUUUAGGAUCUAGGUGUUUCUCAUCAGUGAAAGGCAGAUUUCAGUUGGGACCAGAAUUAAGUCUGAAAUGUGAUAACUUUUUUUAAGUUGCAACAAUUUUUCUUGGGUGAAUACUUUUCACUGUAUUAUUUAACUGAUAAGCUGCAGCAUUAUGUUAAUACUUGAAAACUUAAUUAAGCUAUAUCUUGCAGGUAUUUCCACUAUUUUGGGACAAAAAAAAAAAAAAGAGUGUAAGCAGUAGAAAGUAAACUAGUUCUAUUUUGAAGUCCUUUCUAAUUAGAAAGAGGUAUGACUUGACCUAAUAAUACCCUUUUUGACUGCAUCUAAAUUAGGAAACUGUCUAUCAAGGGCAAGAUGUUAAGUAUUUGCAAAAGAUGACAUAAUAAAAAUGACAAUACACAGUG